UGCCGUGAGCCAGGACCUGUUCAAAACACCACGACAGUCUAGCCAGUCCCACCAAGUGAGCAUGGAUGAGCCUGGUGAAGGAAAGAGACAGCUACUGGUGUGGUGCUCCCCCAUUCCACACCUGCAGAACAUCUGACUCUGAUGAGGAGGAGAAAGAAGAAGACUAGAGAAUAUAUGUUCAGUCAGAUCCUACAAGCCAGUGCUGUAUUGUACCAUGAACAAAGGGCUUGGAGGGCCAAUAUGAUUGACAGUCUAAAGAAGGAAAGAGAGGACAAGAGAGAGGCCCAGGAACCCCAGCAGGACAAAGAGAGGGAAAUGCACCAGGACAUAAUGGGACUUCUAAGGCAGCAGACCCAAAUGCAGCAGCACAUAGUUGACCUAUAGAUUCAAAAAUGUUAGACGCUCCAGCCUUUUCACUCCUUGGAGAACUCCAUGGUUUCUGCUCCCUGCACCUCUCAACAUACCACAUAGCAUCAAGGGGAACAUCUUUAUCCCUAUCAUUCCUCACCAGGAACAGCAAGGAAAACCACAGCUUCACAGAACCACGGUUGGUGUAUGUGUAGCCACAACGAACUACACUUGUGCAUGGAAGUGGACAGAAAUGUUUGCUGCCUUUCCAAUUACAAAGUUCCACUCCAUUAAUUUGUUAGAAUUUUGUAUUACGUUGCCUUUGUUUUCCUGCACUGUUUUUCCCAUUCAGUAAAGUUCUAUUUUUGGAGAAUAAAAUUAUCUUUAUUAGUUCACAACACAUAUUGUAGAAUGAAUAUCAGUACUCAUAGCAAACAGUACUUGUUAAUAUCCAGCAAGCACCACCUAAUUCAUAACUUCAGGAAAACACCUAGUCAUAUUUAUAAAUGAAGAGCUAGCAGCACCCAAAGCUCCAGCUCUAAAGACUAAUCCAGCACCGAAUGCUACUGUGGCUGACCGCUAAAGUGCUCUUUCAAAGCCUCCCUCAACUGCAUAGCCCCAUGUUGGGCUCUUGUAAUGGCUCUUGUGUCUGGCCGCUCAGAGGUGGCAGACAGCUGCUCCAGCUCCACCCGAGCAGGAGCUUUUCCCCCUUUGCCUCACAGAUAUUAUGCAGAACACAACAAGCAGCUAUAACUGUCCGGAUAUUUUUCUCGUUGACAUCCAGCUAGCAGUAAAUACUGCCAGAGUGUCUACAGUCUACCAAAAGCACAUUCAGCAACCAUUCUGCACCUGCUGAGCCAGUAGCUAAAUCUCUCCUUGGAACUUUCAGGGUGACCAGUGCAUGGCUUCAUGAGCCAGGGGAAAAAGGAGUAGGGCGAGUCUCUCAACAUCACUAUUGGCAUUUCAAUUGCAGAUGGUAAUCUGCCAGUCGGGAAAGAAUGUCCAUGCUUGCAGCUUUCUGAGUAGUCCUGUGAUCUUAAAAAUGCAAGUGUUAUGCACCUUCCCUGACCCCAGUCCACAUUGUUCUUAGUGAAGUAUCCCCAGUGAUCCACCAACACUUGCAUAACCAUAGAAUAGCAGCCCUUUCUAAUGAUGUAUUCUGUGGCAAGGUGGGCUGUUGCCAAAAUACGGCUAUUGCCCCACUGCAAUUCAGGAACCGCCAUUGUUGCAAAAAUCCAUCCACUAAGUCCUGCGCAUUGCUGAGAGUCCUCCAUAACAGGAGACGAUUAGUGACCCUAUAUACUUGCAUUAUGGCGUCUACUCCACUGUGGAUUUUCCAACUGCAAAAUGCUUUUCCACUAACUGGUAGCAGUCUGGCACUGCAAACUUCCAGAGACUGAUCUCUACUUGUUUUUCCAUUGUCAAUGCAGUUUUUAUUUUUGGUGUUGCUGCACUGAGAGCUGAGGUGAGCUUGGUACACAGAUCCAGGAAUAUGGCCCCCACAUUCACAUCAUCUCAAACCUAUAUUACAAAGAGAUCCCUCCAGUCAGUGUUCGUUUCUGGGGCCCAAAAGUAAUGCUCUACCAUCUGCAGCUGCUUUGUGAACACCACCCACAACCUUGAAUUGUUUUUCACUAUGUCCCUUAGCAAGCUCUGCUUGAAGAAAUUGUCAUGUUCCCUAUUUUUGCGGUACUUCUGUGGGUUUCCAAAUAAAAGAGAAUCAAGCAUCCUAUAUUUGCAACAUUCAUGAGAACAGUGCAGAGCUCUGCAGGCUCCAUGCUUCCGUGAGAGAUGUUGUAUACUGAAACGUGCUGUACAGGUUUCUGGGAUUUAAAAAAAAAAAAAAAAGCAUGAAAAGUAUGGGGUAUGGUUGGUAUUAGGAAAUUCAGCAAGUUGCUUGCUGGGAACUUGACCCUUGCAUCCAGAGAUCACUGGGCAAGUCAUUUCUAUCUGCAACAUAUUGUGAAAAUUUCCCAAAAGGCAUUGCACGAUGGCAGCAUGUGGCCCACUGGGAUACCUACCUGCGGUGCAUUACACUUUGCAUCACUGCACUCUUGCACUGAAUGCAGUAACUAUCUCUGAGGGGGACUAUCAUGGUGAAAUACUGUGCAGCAUAUAACUGCAGUAAUGUAGACACAAAGUUAAAUCGGAAGCAGGGAAUAACUUUUCAUAGGUUUCCCAAGGAUAAUAAGAAAAAACAGCAGUGGGCCCAGGCAGUACAUCGGGCUGACCCUGUGAGUGGCAAACUCUGGACACCAUCUGAAUGGGAUAUGAUUUGUUCUCAGCAUUUCAAUCCUGACUGCUUCAAAGAAAUUAAUGGAAAGAAAUUUUUAAAGGAAGGGAGUUGUCCUUCUAUAUUUUCCUUUCCUGACAAUUUUCAGAGAAUAGAUAAUUCUCUACGGCGAUCGGCGAAGAACUCCAAAUGUGCUGGCACAUUUCUAGAAAAUCCUCCUCUCACAGCAGAUCCUGCUGAGGUGUAUGUUACAGUAACGAAAACAGCGAACAACUCAAAAAGAUUAACAGAAAACUUCAGCUCUGCUCAUGAGCUGGACACCAAUGUGGUGUGUAAUACAAAGGACACAGUAAUGACAGACCACCAUUACCAUAUCACAGACAGUCCAAAAACUCUGAAGAGGAAACUGGAUGAACUUUUAGCAGAGAAUCACAAGCUCAGAAGAAAAUUAAGAAAUGCUUCUGAUCAGGAAGAGAGACUCCAUAAAAAUAUGGAAAUCUUGUUGGACAAGCUGCACUCUAAAGACAUGUCGUCAUGGGAAAUAACGUGAUUGCUAGAUCUGUGCAAAGGCCAGGGGCUGAAUGACAGGUCUUCUCUCCCACUGCACCCAGCUGUUGGAUAAGAAAUGUUCACUAAUGUUUAUUGCUAUACAUGUCAUUUUUGAAUGUAUUUAUUAAAUAAAAAGCUGUAAACAUUA